CCAAUCUCAUCACACUGCUAAGUUUCCUGGGAGCAGUUGCCAGGUAUAUUUUGUGAUGUUUUCUUCCAAAGUUUCGCUUUUUGAAGAAGCGGAAUGUCAACAAUGGCACAACCACGUCCAGAAGUUAUCCCGCUGACGGAUGUUGGUCCCAUGUCGGAUGAGAGGGUAGAAGCACCUGUAAGGUCCGAUCUAUUUCUUGUUGGAGCCAGAUUUGAGUUCAAUUUAUAGGCACAAAAUCUCCAGGCUGCUGGAGCCUCGACAGAGCCACAGCCAGGACCAUCUAGUCGUAGACCACCGGCACCAACACCACUGGUAGGAGGUGAAAGAACUCCGGCGAACAAUCAAGCUUCAACACCAGAUACUGCAGCUUCACGUGUAUCUACGAACUUGGUGCCACAAGUCCCUCAGGCGGAACAGCCCGCAACUUCCAACAAUAGCCACCCAACCCCAAAUUCUCAAGCAACGCCAGCCCCAGUCGUCAAUGGAAAUGCAACAAACCACGUUCCUCUCCAAGCAAAUGGUGGAGCAACAGGAUCGAGUCCAUCACCACAAACUCGACCUCGGAAGAAGACAUUCAGUAGCUUCUGCUGGUCAAUGAAAGGUCCGAUCGUCUUGAUAGUGGUGUACACAAUCACCACAUACAUUAUCAGCACAGCUUCAGACGUCAAUGGUCCUCUGGCUAGAUCUGGUGUCACCGGCGGGUUCUUGCUCUUGAACGUCUUAGCUCUUCUCAACAACUAUGCUCUGCUUGCAGCAGGAGACAAAGCUUGGCAAUCCGCUCAAUGGAGUGAGCGUUUUAUGCGAAGGGGCCAGAACUUGACUGAUUUCUUGGCUCUGAGCUCAAGUAGUGGUCUAGCUGGCUGGCUCGGAAUUAUAUUCCAUGACUUGAGACUCUUCCAGAGGAUUUGGAGAAGAGUGCCGGGGAAGCUCCAGCAGAUUUUGAGAUUUCCUGUGGAUUUCAUUUGGCGACACAGGCACCGCCGGGCUCAAACAGGAGCUGUACGUGGGACUCAAGUUCGGAGGCCAUCGAUGACUAAUGCGCGAUUCUGGGGGCUUAGUCGAGUGGGGUUCUGGCUUUUUAUCCAGUUCCCAGGUCUGAUAUUCAUGACCAAGGUCAAUCCAGGCAUAGACUACCGUCCCACUAACUGGGAAGAUAUCUCUGGAGGCAUUGGGAAAUACAACGCUUCUCAAGCAGCUCUCAAGCUAUCUAACGGAGCAUACCUCUCUGGACUAGCAUUGAACAUGAUCAGAGACACUACCAUAACAAAAGAUUGGCCAGCCAUCAGCCCAGAGUGUAAGGAAAAGACAAACUGCUCGUCGUAUAUUAUUCCUGGAGGGCUCCAGACAGUAACACCAUGGAGAUACUUGGCAGAAAACAGAUCUUCCCUCCCGGUUUACAUGACCCGUGCCACACCAGUCUACCAGCUGGAUUUCUGGGAUGGCCCAGCGAUUGUUCAGUGGUCAGAGAAAGAUUGCACCCUAUUCGGGAUGUAUGGUACAACAGGUAUCGCCGACGUUGCUUUUCUGAUUUGCAUGACUCCGCACGAGGAUAGAAAAAUUCUUGCAGCGUUCAAAUACUGCAAUGACAAAGUCACUGCGGAUGGCGGCUGCACGUAUGAGGGCUCUUGGAGAACCGCUGCAACAUGGAACGUCAUUGUCGCUCCGUACCGAAGAGAAGCUACGGUCGCCGUAGACAGGAAGAGUGGCGAACUUCUGGACGUCAAGAAUCUGACGAAAGCCGAGCCACAAGAUAUCACCCCAGCAGAUUUUCUCACUGCUUUUAACGGCUUUCUCUAUCCAUUUCAGGCAUUGGACAUAAGCUUUGCCUGCGAUGUGACAGGCGUUGAAUUUCAGCUGACGAGCUGGAUUUCAAAUAUCUUGGACGUUUCCCGGACUGCUGCGUAUCAAGUACACCCUAGGGAGGUUUUAAGAAACCUCUUUAUGGUUCCAUUGUAUUUCUACAAUCCCAUGACAUCAGCUCUCGGCCCCCCUCCAUCCGUGACGAAGAAGGUGGAUGGCUUACCGAGCGAGAAUUACAUACUUGGUUCGUAUUCUGAAAAGGUCGACCUUCUGACAAUAUCUCGGUGGACAGUCGUAGCUUACAUCAUCGUCUGUGGCUUGAUACUGUUCCUGAUACUCUUAGUUCUAGCCCUCACUGCGUGGAACCAAGUUCAGCAAACUUCCGACUUCCCAUUUGUAGACUUUUUGGCAUUAAAGAGGCAGACAGUGAUCGGCAUAUCCGGUGGCAGUGGAGCAGCUAGGGCUACUCAGGAUGACAUUGCUGGUGUCUUCGAUAAUUGCGUACAUGGUGAAAGUGGAGAUAUAAUCGAGGCUAGUCGUGGUGUCAGAGUAAUCCCACACGAUGCAGCACGAGAAAGGGCUAGGUUUUCGAAUGUUCCUCCUUGAAACGGUUUUUAGUUGAAUACAAUGAAUGCUGGAAAAGUGUUGGCAGUAGGUUCAAAACUGCUGAAGUCAUCAUAGGGGCGGUGCUACCGCUGAUCUGUGUCACGAACAUAUGCUUUACUUACUUUUUCUUUCUUUAUAUGUUAGGUAUAUGGGCACCAAGCAAAUUUUUGCCACAGCG